CAACACCCAAAUUUUUACGUUUGUGAUAUUGCCACAGAACCAAGAAUACUUUUAACCUCAUACCUACAACUCUGAUUAUUAGCACAAAAAUCAGAAUAUAUUAAAUUAUUAUCAUUAGCCUGCUCUGCUACCACGAUUAAAUAAUAAAUAUAUAUCUUAAAUCGUGACUGCUACAGCCGGCGAGGUUCGAGAAUUCCCAUUGAUCUAUUCAUACGAUUCCACAUUUUCAAAUUUCUGCGGGUUUUCAAUCGAAAUUCGAAAUGUAUUCCAAUCAUUCAACUGAUCCCAGAAGACCGGACAAAGAGCACAGGUACAAACCAAAAGCUGUCAAUAGUGAUAAUCAAGCUCUAACACCUGGUGAAGACUUGACGUCUGACUAUAUGAAUAUUUUGGGUAUGAUUUUGAGCAUGUGUGGAUUAUUAAUGAAGUUUAAAUGGGCAGCAUGGUGUGCUAUGUUUUGUUCAUGUAUAAGCUUUGCAAAUUCUAAAGCAUCUGAUGACAACAAACAAAUCUUUAGCAGUUUCAUGCUUUCCAUGUCAGCAAUUGUAAUGUCUUAUUUACAAAAUGCACAUCCAAUGUCACCACCAUGGUCUACAGCAUUUGGAUAAGAAUUUAAAUUUUACAAUUAAAAAUAAUUAUUUGUCUUUAUUGGGAUUUACUAAUAAUGUAUUGAUUGUUUUGUCAAAACUAUAAAAAUAAAAAAAAUUUGCAUUGUAAUAUUAUUUAAAUAAAACUCUAAUCCCAGA